AUGACUGAUAAAUAUUCGAUUAUUUUACCAACAUAUAAUGAACGAAAAAAUUUAGCUAUUAUUACCUAUUUACUAUGGAAAUUACUAAAUGAAGGAAAUUUUGAUUGGGAGCUUGUUAUUAUUGAUGAUAAUUCUCCCGAUAAGACACAAGAAGUGGCAAAUAAACUAAUAGAAAUAUAUGGGAGUGAUCGUAUUAUUUUGAAAACACGACCAAAAAAGCUUGGACUUGGAACAGCGUAUGUUUAUGGUCUUGAAUUUUGCACAGGAAAUUUUGUUAUUAUUAUGGAUGCAGAUUUUUCUCAUCAUCCGAAAUAUAUUCCUGAAUUUAUUCAUCUUCAAAGAGAAAAAUCGUAUGAUAUUGUUUUAGGAAGUCGAUAUAUAAGUGGUGGUGGUGUUUAUGGAUGGAAUGUUAAGCGAAAGCUCAUUUCUUUGGGAGCAAAUCUCUUGAGUAGAAUUAUGCUUCAGCAUGGUGUGAGUGAUGUUACGGGUAGUUUUCGAUUGUAUAAAAAAAGUGUUUUAAAGGAGAUAAUUGCAGACUGUAAAAGUAAAGGAUAUGUUUUUCAGAUGGAGAUUAUUGUAAAAGCUAAAAAAUAUGGAUAUUCAGUCGGGGAAGUGCCUAUUACAUUUAUAGAUAGAUUAUACGGAGAAUCUAAAUUAGGAAGAGAUGAAAUUAUUGGAUAUCUGAAAGGGUUAUGGGAUUUGUUUUAUACCCUAUAA